AUGAAUUUAACACUUGAUCAUAUUCCUGAUUAUUAUCAAGAAAAAGCUCAUGAUCGUGCCAAUUUUUAUCAUUGGUAUGCUGAUCGUAUUAUUUAUCGUGUAUUUGGUCCAUUUAUUGCCGUUAUUGGUCUUAUCGGUAGUACAAUGUCAUGUUUAGUAUUUUAUCGUAAAACAUUACGUAAAAAAUCUUGUUCAAUUUAUUUUUUUGUAUUAGCACUCGCUGAUCUACUUUGUUUACUUUGUAUACAAGUCCAUUUUGUAUUACCAGCAUAUAAUUAUAAUGUACUUAUUAAAUCAAAUUUUUUUUGUAAAGUAUUUGUAUUUGGAAUUUAUUUUUCAUUUGAUUUGGCUAAUUAUUUAUUAACUGUAUGUUCAAUUGAUCGAGCACUUAUCGUAUUAUGUCCAAUGAAAUGUCGAAAAUUUUGUUCACCACAAAUUGCAUAUAUUAUAACUACUGUAUUAAUUAUUGUCUUAGCAUUACUUAAUAUACAUUUUCUAUACGGUUUUGUUGUUUAUGAUGUUCAUCAUCCAACAGUAGAUUAUACCACUAAUACAACGAGUAUACUUGUCCGUCAUUGUCAUUGUCGUCAGGACGUUAAAUUGUAUGAAAAAUUUUUUUAUUUUUAUGAUUCUUAUUUCGAUGUUAUUAAAUCAAAUUUGAUUCCAUUUAUGAUUAUGAUUGUAUGUAAUUUUAUUAUUAUUAUUCGUGUACUUAAAUCGUCACGUCUUAGACAUUCAAAUAGACGUGUUAAUGGUAUAAUGAGUCGAAAAUCAAAACGUAAACAUGAAAAAGAUCGACAAUUAACACUUAUGUUAGUGGGUAGUGCAAUGGCAUUUCUAUUUCUUACAUUACCAACAGAAAUUAAUGAUAUAAUUCAAUCACACGGCAAUAAACAACAAGCAAAACAACUUUUAAAUAUUAAAAGAAAUUAUUUUAUUACAGCACAUUUAGCAACGUUAUCUCAUCUUAAUUAUGCUAUCCAUUUUUACAUCUAUACUCUUACGGGAGAAGUAUUUAGACAACAAUUAAUAAAAUUAUGGCCAAUUAAUAUAUGUUGGCCAUAUUUAAUGCAGAUUAUACAAAAAUCAGGAACAACGAAAACAACGACAUUAUCUGUGAAAGGUGUUAAUAACUGUAGAGAAACAAGAAUGGAUACGAUAAAUGAUGAAUUUACUCUUUGA